CAGCUGGAAACCGAACGUUUAAUUUGUAUUCUGUACAUAUAUGCAAAAAGAGUCAGACACUGUCAGACAUACAUACUCAGACGCGAUAAAAAAUUGAUUCAGUUGCAGUACAAGCGUUGGACGCAAAGCAUAUUAUGUGCAACAUUUUUAUUUGGAAACACAUUCAUUUCCACGAUGACUUUCUUGAUUGUAAUUUCAACCUUAGUUGUGGUUUUGGCAAUAAUAAUUUAUCGCAAGUGGCUCUAUAACAAAAUCGGGUCGGAUAAUCGGAAGAGAUAUUUUGCAGAAAUUUUUAAAGAAUUCCCCGAAUUUUACAAUUCCAAGACGGGACAUAUGAAGCAAAAACUUUUUGAAUCUUUGAUAAACACAAACAAGGACAUUAACAUUUUGGAAAUUGGAAUUGCCUCAGGUGGAAACUUUGACUUUUACCCAAAAUCAAAAUGCCACCUUUUCGCAAAUGAACCGAACCAAUAUUUCCAUCAAAUUUUGUCGGACAAUGUCGCCAAAUAUCCACAAAUAACCCUGAGCCGAAUUUCAUCCUCCUCUGCCGAAAAUUUACAAGACAUCGAAGAUGCUACGGUGGACGUUGUCAUAAGCACAAUUGUUUUAUGUAGCGUUCCCAACGUUGCAAAAACAUUGGACGCAAUUCUUCGUGUUUUGAAGCCGGGUGGAAAAUUCUACUAUAUGGAGCAUGAACUGGACCCUAAAUUUACUUGGUGGAGAACGCUUCAACAAUUAAUUGACCUUUCCGGGAUUUGGCCCUUUCUGGUUGAUGGUUGUCACGCCUCACGAACUACGGGAAAUCUGAUAAACAAUUCCGGCUUGUUAUCCGUGAACCAGGACAGGUUUGACCUUGAUCCGGUGGGGUUUUGGGGACUAUAUAUAAUUAAGCCGCACGUUUAUGGGGUGGCUAUGAAGCGGGCGACGAGCAGUGGCCAAUCUUAAUUGUUUUGGCUAUGCACUUUACAAUCCAGUUGAACAAAAUGUGAUUGCCUAACGACAGAUGUAUUAUUAACGGACUGCACAAAUAUCAUAAAUAUCAAUUUUUGUCAUUUUUCGGGAUUUUCGUUUUUGAUUCCUAAAUAUCAUAAACUUCUAGAUUGCAUAAAACUUUUGUGAUUAUUCGUACAUAUGUAAUGUACUUCGUAAAAUAGCUUUAACUUUGUCAUUAACCAAUCCAUAUAAAUUGACCAACUUUAGUAAACACACUAUCUUUAUUUCAACCACUUUCCGGGGACUGAAAAGGUAAAAUUGACUUAUCAUUAUGAUUAAGAAUAUACCAAUGCGAAUGGAAAAACUUGUGAUCUUUUCUCCCGUUAACUUUUGCCUCUUAAAACUAGUUUAACGGUUUACUAAUUUAAAUCGGAUUUAAUAAAUUAUCAUAUUAUCAUGCAUUUUAUAUUAGUGGCUGAUGAAUACUGUAUCAACACAUCUAAUAAACUUAAAAACAUCUCUAAUCCUAAAACUAAAAAUAAUACUGGAAAUAAAUCUAUUGCCUUUCACACAAAGUUACGAAUUUCAAAAA